AUGGGAGGCUUUUUCACAAAAUUGUUUGAUCGUCUCUUCGGCAAAAGGGAGAUGAGAAUUCUUAUGGUCGGUCUCGACGCUGCUGGGAAAACCACCAUCUUAUAUAAGCUUAAACUCGGUGAAAUCGUUACAACCAUUCCAACUAUUGGCUUUAACGUGGAGACUGUCGAAUAUAAGAAUGUAAAUUUCACUGUUUGGGACGUUGGAGGCCAAGAUAAAAUUCGUCCUCUUUGGCGUCAUUACUUCCAAAAUACUCAAGGAUUAAUUUUUGUUGUGGAUAGCAACGACGUCGAACGAAUAUCAGAGGCUAAGGAGGAGCUUUAUAGAAUGCUUGGUGAGGAUGAACUACGUGACGCCGUCCUUCUCGUUUUUGCAAACAAACAGGAUCUUCCUAAUGCUUGCCCUGCUAGUGAAAUUACCCGAAGACUCGAUUUGAAUAAGCUCAAGAAUCGUGAUUGGUACAUUCAAGCAACUUGUGCAACUUCUGGCUCCGGCCUCUAUGAGGGACUUGACUGGAUGUCGAAGAUUUUGCAAGAUAAGAGUCGAUAA